AUGACCCUCAAGGGUGGCGCCACCAGUGCCUGCGCCGCAUGCAAGUACCAACGCCGUAAGUGCAUCCCUGAAUGUCUUCUUGCCCCUUAUUUCCCCGCCGAUCAAACCAAAGUCUUUCAAAACGCUCAUAAAUUGUUCGGCGUUAGCAAUAUUGUUAAGAUACUACGAAGCUUAGAUCCUUCCCAACAUGCCGAAGCAAUGCGUUCCAUCAAAUAUCAAGCCAAUGUCCGUGAUCGCUUCCCGGUUUACGGUUGUUUGGGUGUCAUUCGUCAGCUUUAUUAUCAGAUUCAGAUGUUGGAAGAGGAAAUGCAUACCGUACUUACACAACUCGAGAUGUAUAGACAACACCAUCAUCACCAACAACAACAACAGCAACAUCAGCACCAGCACCAAAUUUCAUCAAUGGCGGACGAUGUCAUUUCUCAGUUAGAACUCGGCAUGGCACCCUCUAACAAUGCUCUUCCUCUCUUUAAUCAAGUUACUCAUCAACCCUACACUAUGCAAAACACUUACUCCUCCUCAGACAUCGAUUCUCCUCCUAAAGACAAUGUAGAAAACAAUUCUUUGUGGAUCCAACAUCUUUUUUUCGACACUAAUAAUCACGGUACUAGCAACAAUGAUAGUCCCAUUGCCAUUCAAUCUCAGUUAUUGGUCCCUAACUCCGAACCCUUAGCCGAUACUCAACACCAAGUGGUUCAAGAUUACGAUGAAAUUCAUCCCUUUUUCGAUUCCAUCGACGACAGACAAUCUUAUAUUGAUACCAAAGAUGCCGAAGACUCCAGCAGUUCAGAAGAAUCACUCAAAGAGACAACGCAAUUAAUGGUGGGGAAUGUUGGAAGCAAAGAUUUGAAAAGUGCAGCUGCUUGUUUCAGUCUCACCAGUGUCAGCUGAUCAGCUGCCACCCAAAAAAACUAGUACUGCAACUCCCAUUCCUUUCUUCUUUUUCUUUUUCUUUUUUCUUAAUCAGAUCUUAU